AUGAAUAGUUUCCUUCUAUUGUUAGUAGUUAGUGCGUUCAGUCAGACAUAUGAGUGUUAUAAUUUAACAUAUGGAUUCUAUUGUUAUGAUAAAAGUAUUUUUAUGCAUUGUAGAGGUGAAAAUGCAAAGGCAGUUUGGUUGAAGUGCAGAGGAGGAACUGUUUGUAAAUGUGGGAGAACUACUUAUAACCCAUGUGUGUUUGAUUACAAUGACGUGGACGAUUGUGAAGGGAAGCCUGGGAGCUACUUGAAUGAAAAAUCGUUAACUCCGCCUGAAAUAAUCGAGGAAGAGUCUUCAAAUACUAAUAAGCCAACAACUCAGUCCACUGAGAAGAAACCAAGUGCUGCUUUCUCGUAUUUGUUGUAUCUCAGCGUUUUAUUAAGAACUAUUAAUAGAUACCAAUACGUCAAAGUGAAUGAUAAUUAA